CUCGCCUCAGCUGAUCCUCCUUGACAGAAUGUAGAGAAGAAGAGGGGUCAAAUUAGAGAGCUCGGAAAGGGCUUCAGACUAUGUCCUCCCCGCUAGCUGGAGGAUAAGCCCCGGACGGGAUGCUUGUGUCCCCCCGGCUCUUCCCGCCGUCCUGCCCCCGCCUCGGUCGGCACCCAUGAAGCCCCCGCUGAUGCAGACCCGACCUGCCAAAGCGAGGCGGAAAGCGGCGGGGGACACCGAGCAUGUACUGGCGCGUCGGCUUCUCCUGGACGGGGUCGUGUGUGGUUGAUCUCGGCCGCAACCGGAGCCUCGAUGAGCAGCUCUCGUUUUACGGGUACCUCGUCGCCCACCCUCUGCAGGACCACGGCGGGAUGAUGUCGACGCUGGGCUCGGACUCGUGGUGGAGGACGACGCUGUAUGUGACCGGGGGCGCUCUGCUGGCUGCCGCUGCCUAUCUGCUGCACGAACUGCUGGCCAUCAGAAAAGAAGAGGAGCUGGACUCUAAAGAUGCCAUCAUACUCCACCAGUUCUCCCGGCCCAAAUCUGGGGCCCCUUCCCUGUCCCCAUUCUGCCUUAAGCUGGAGACCUACCUCCGUAUGGCUGAUCUGCCCUACCAGAACUACUUUGACGGGAAGCUUUCGCCGCAGGGAAAGAUGCCGUGGAUCGAGUACAACCAGGAGCCGGUUUACGGCACCGAAUUCAUAAUCGAGUUUCUGGAGGAGAGGCUGGGCGUGAGCCUGAACAAGAACCUGACGCUGCAGGAGAGGGCCUUGUCCCGUGCCAUCACCAAAAUGGUGGAAGAACAUUUUUACUGGACUAUGGCUUACUGUCAGUGGGUGGACAACCUAGAGGAGACCCAGAAGAUGCUUUCAGUGAGCGGACCACUGAGCGACCUGCUCAAGUGGAUCCUGAGUCACCUGACGGGGGGGAUUCUUAAGAGGGAGAUGUACGGCCACGGGAUCGGACGUUUCUCUAAGGAGGAGGUUUACAGCCUGAUGGAGAAGGACAUGCGCACCCUCGCCACAUUACUAGGUGAUAGAAAGUACAUUAUGGGCUCCAAGCUUUCUGCAGUAGAUGCUACAGUGUUUAGUCACCUGGCUCCGGCCAUGUGGACACUACCAGGAUCCCGACCGGAGCAGCUGAUCAAGGGCGAGCUCAUCAACCUGGCCAUGUACUGCGAGCGCAUCCGCCGGCGCUUCUGGCCCGAGUGGUUCGUGGACCUGGAGGAUUUCCGCUACGACCUCACCACCGAGAUCAGCGACACGCCUUCCAAGCUCCCUGACCUGGGCCUCUACUCGCGAACAGACACUUCCCAGGAGACAAUUUACUCGCACACUUCGCAGCUUUCCCAUCUUUCCCACCUGUCGCACACUCCCACUCCUCAGGAGCCCCCAUCGCCUGUCAGCGACCCCACGGGCCACUCACUUUACGACUCCGACAUGGACACUGAGUGCUCUGAAAUAGAUCAGCUCAAGUGUUGACAAAACACGUCCUUAUUGGCACACUCUCAUAGGUACGCACACCACGGGGCGAUACUAUACAUCUGACCUACGACCCCUCCCUCCCCUACCUUUCUGAACAGAUAGUAUCUUGGGAUUAAUUGUGUUGGUGCAGAUCUAGAGAACAUAGAGGAGUUAACCUGUAAACUCCAGUGGAGGAAAGCUCACUCAUUUAAAGAAGAAAGUGAUGAAAGAAAGUGAUGAAAAUGAAAUCAGGAGCAGGUUGAAAAGUCAAAAGGAGUAAAUGACGCUGCUGCUGCUGAGAUACUCCUCCAUGUACUCUACACCAUCAGCAGGCAAAACCCUUUCACAAGCGCUGCGUCUCUGUGAUCAUGGCAGCUACAUGUGUGCACGCCCGCAGUGUCUCCUCGUAGCAACGUGCGCCAUCGUUCAGCCGCGUGUUUGUCUCCGACUGAGCCCCUCACAGUGAAAUGACAUCAACACCUGCAGCUACGCCAGACUGAAUGACCACAGUUCAGUGUAAAUAUUUAUAGGAAUCAAAGCAAAUUAACUGAUAGAAUAUGAAAUUAUAUUAUGCAUAUAAAGUGUAUAGAUGAUCUGGAAACAGAAACGUAUUUCUUCUGUUGUAUGAUGUAAAUACCAUACGUGUUUCUACUUCAAAGCCCCGUUUUGUUUAUCCUGGAUCAUUGAGAAAACCUCCCCACACUUCUGUUCAUCUGCUUUCACAACAGGGAUGGAAGUAAGGCUGAUCAUACGCAGGACCUGCAGUCAGCUUAAGAUGUAAAGAAUGUAUCCAACACGUCAUUUAAGAUUUGUGCAAGUCUUGAGCCGUCUAUAAUUUCAGUCAGUACCUUAAACAGGCUUUUUAAAUUGAGUUGUGUUUAAAAGAUCUCCUUUAUCUUUUGGUUGCUGAGUUACUGACAGAGAACCUACAUUUCAAGUCAAAACGUCCCUCUCGCUGCGGUUUUGGCUCCUGGGCCGCCUUAUAUCAACGGCUUAAACCGAACUCGUGCUUUUUAUUCAGGCAUUCUAUUCUGCAGUUUUAUGAAUACUUGCAAGUUAUAUAAAAAUAUCAAAAAUUAAAGAGCUGUGCUUUAAAGAAUCUGUGCUAUAAAUUACAAAAGAGAGCUGAUCAAAGAAAAAUAUGCCACAAAAAAGUAGAAGUUAACUAAAUAAAAAAAAUAGCCUCUGCCCAAUAAAUGUUAGGAGAACCAAGGAAAAAUCAACAACUAGGAGAUAUCAGGGAAUCUUGAAUAAAAAUAACAAAGAAAUUAGAUUUUAAGGAUCUUUCUUUAGCAGGCUUGUCAAAAAUAUCCAGUUUGUUUCAAUUUUCUCACUUGAACCUUUGGAACAGUAAAGAAACUAUAGUGGAAUUCAUCUAUCAGGCCAUGUGUCAGAUGCCUGCUGGAUUUCUCCCUUUAUUUAAAGACAUGGAGUUCGACUACUGUUUAUCUGCUCUACAGCCUGACAUUUCUUCUUUUGUCCUUGCACCUGGAAAGAAAAGCAGCAAAAGUCCAAUGAAAACUUCACGGACCUUCAGUAAAACCUGAAGAACUGUUGAUCAAGAUGACGCAAAAGUCUGGUUCCUCAUCGCAAGCAAAUAAUAUCAAAAUGAACAACGGUUUGAAACUGAAGCAAGUCAUACAAUCUGUAAUAAGUCUGAAUUCUCAUCUUCUGAAUUAAAGUGCAUGGCUGGUACGUGCCCACAGAACUAUCACCAAUCACAGGUUGUCUGGAAAAGGUUAAUGUUGUGACACAGAUGUUCUUUUUAGGCCACACAAAGAUGAAGCUCAAGUAGGUGUGGAUGUGUGGCAUCAAGGUGUAAGGUUUAUGCGUGUUUGUCAUUCAACAAAUGCUCAUACGGCACCAGCUGGGGUGUCUGAAAGGCUGCCUGAGAUGGAAAGUAUGUGCCCUUCGAUCUAACAUUGCAUGUGGGGGUCACUUUGUCUUUGUUGCUGGAUGGGUUGAAUGGCGACACAUUACUUUGGCUUCAAUAGACGUGCGUUUUGUAUUCAGCCCCCCUGAGGCCAUAACAUUGCAGAACCACCUUUUUGCUGCAAUCACAGCUGCGAUUCUUUUGGGGUAUGUCUAACAGCUUGGCACGUCUAAAAGACCUGAAUAGAGAUUUUUGCUCAUUCUUCCUGGCAAAAUAGCUCAAGCUCGUAUGGCAUGGCUUAUAGCGGCGGCAGAUUGUCCCACCUGAGCUUUGGAUAUUUGAAGCUCCUCCAGAGUUACCAUGGGCCUCUUGGCUGCUCUUCUUGUCAUGUCUCAGUUUUAUCCUGGUGGGUUUGAAGUUAUGUAUCUGUUUCCAUGUGGAACAGUCCUGCGUGAGAUGUUGGGAUGUCGUUUUCUAACCGGACCCUGCUUUAAACUUCUCUAGCACUUUCUGCUGUGGUCUACCGUCUGCGUGAUGUUGUUGUUGUUCCCUAAUGUUCUCUAACAAAACCCCAAGGACUUCAUUAACGAGAUGCAUUUAGACAGAGAUUAAAUUACACACAUACUAAUAAACAGACUUCUGCAGGCAGUUGGAUGCAUUGGAUUUUAUUUAUGGGUAUCAGAGUAAAGGACUGCAUAUAAAUCCAAACCUCACUGUAGAUCUGAAGUUGUUUUGCCUUACAAAUCAAUAGAGGAAGAGAGAAAUGCUUUACUGAAAUCACAAAAAAGCAAGUAUAAGGCUAACAGUGAUGCCUUUUUUAGUUUGUUUGUGUGUGAGAGAGAGAGAGAGAGAGAUCUUAAAGUUGAAUAUUAGUGAUUUAAUACAAGCUAAAACUGAAGAAUGCAAGGUGACAUAUUCUUCUUUGGUGUUGUCUUAAUAUUCCUCACCUUCAAGAUAUCGCCUUUUUUCUCCACAAAGUUCAGGUUUGCUCUAUUGUUUACAACAGUUUCAGUGUAUGCUUUGAAUAUUUUUCUAUUUGAUUUUUAUAUGUUACAUAUAUUUGGGAAUUUACCCAUGCUGAUUUAUUCAAUUGAAUCCUGUUUUGUUAUAAUUUAUUUGGCCUUAUGUGCUCAUAUUUUGGGAACGUUUCUUAUUUUUUAUACAUGUGCUCCGUUUCCCUGUUGCUUGCAGAAUAUUAAUUCAUUGAUCUGUGUAUCUGUGCAAUAAUGGACAUUCUUCUCUGACCUCUGCUGACAUAAAAAAACAAACAAAAUAAAAUGUCAUGCUCCCCACUUUUUGCGAUGCCUGCAUGUUCAUCCCAGUUUUCAGGUGAUCCUCUGUAAAUGUUGAACAGAGUUGAGACUUUCCCGCUCUCCUUGUAGGACAAUGGGAGGUCUAUAGGAUCACUCUGCAGAAACACUUGCUUUAACUUUUCGCUUUCAAAAAUCAGAGGGUUUGGUCAUUUCCCCUCACAUUUUCUGCUCGUAGAUCCUGCUUUACAUUUAUCCCUUGGUGUUUGUGCAACAGACGUGUGAAAUAUCAUCUGGCUGUAAAUACGAGAGAGUUAAAAAGAAAAUCUAAAUAAAACGCCAACAUGGUCUACAUGAAAA